AGACGAUAGUGGCAAAAGUCCAUAUCUCUCAUCUACUCGAUUUCUAUAAAUCGCGAUCUCCGGAAUCGAGAGAGAGCUACCAAUAUUUCUCUCGAUCAAACUAUCCAACUUCUUCGGUUCCUUAUAAAGCAAGAACCUUUUUAUUUAUUUUGGUAUUGCAACCCCAAACCCUACUUUGUCCAGCGAGAAAAGAAGAGGGCUUUCGUCUGAUUCCGCUAAAUCUCUAGUCUUUAUUUAAAGAUCAUGGAUUCCGAUGAUGAUAUGCUCGAUGCCCACGAUAUGGAAUAUGGAGAUGAUGAUUUUUACAGCGGCGGCACCGAUGAUUACGACGAUAGUGAUGAUGUUGAAACUGAUUACGGGUUUGGUGAGGCAGACGCCGAUGAUUCCGCCAUUAUCGCCUCCCAUCGCUCUCAGAUAAAUUAUGUUGUUCUCAAGGAAGAAGAUAUUCACAGGCAUCAGAACGAUGAUGUUGGGCGAGUUUCCGUGGUCCUCUCCAUAACCGAUGUCGAAGCAAGCAUUUUGCUUCUUCACUAUCACUGGGAUGUUAGUAAAGUUCAUGAUGAAUGGUUUGCGGAUGAGGAGAGAGUUCGGAGAACUGUUGGCAUAUUAGAGGGACCUGUUGUUCCAACACCUGAUGGCAGAGAACUUACAUGUGGAAUAUGCUUUGAAUCCUACCCUCUUGAGGAUAUUGUAUCGGCUUCUUGUGGUCAUCCUUUCUGCAAUACAUGUUGGACGGGUUAUAUAAGCACAACCAUCAAUGAUGGCCCAGGAUGUUUGAUGCUAAAAUGUCCUGACCCUUCUUGUCCUGCUGCUAUUGGUCGAGAUAUGAUCGAUAAAUUGGCUUGUAAGGAAGACAAGGAGAAGUAUUAUAGAUAUUUUCUUAGAUCUUAUGUUGAAGACAACAGAAAGAUGAAGUGGUGUCCUGCCCCAGGAUGUGAGCAUGCAAUUGAUUUUGCUGCUGGGACUGAAAGUUAUGAUGUUUCGUGCUUGUGUUCGCAUAGCUUUUGCUGGAAUUGCACUGAAGAGGCUCACCGUCCUGUGGAUUGUGACACAGUUGGGAAAUGGAUACUAAAGAACAGCGCUGAAUCUGAAAAUAUGAAUUGGAUACUUGCCAAUUCAAAGCCUUGUCCAAGGUGUAAGCGGCCAAUUGAAAAGAAUCAUGGCUGUAUGCACAUGACAUGCACACCACCUUGUAAACAUGAGUUUUGUUGGCUUUGCCUUAACGCAUGGACAGAACACGGGGAAAGAACUGGUGGGUUUUAUGCCUGCAACCGGUAUGAGGCGGCUAAGCAAGAAGGGUUGUAUGAUGAGGCUGAAAGGAGGCGAGAGAUGGCAAAAAAUUCGCUAGAGAGAUACACUCAUUACUAUGAACGCUGGGCAAGCAAUCAAGUGUCGAGGCAAAAAGCUAUGGGGGAUCUGCAGAAAAUGCAAUCAGAGAAGCUUGGGAAGCUUAGUGACAUACAGUGCACACCAGAAUCUCAGCUCAAGUUUAUCACAGAAGCUUGGCUCCAGAUCAUUGAAUGCAGACGGGUACUUAAAUGGACAUAUGCAUAUGGAUACUAUCUACCAGAUCAUGCUAAGCGACAAUUUUUUGAGUAUUUGCAAGGGGAGGCUGAGUCAGGUUUGGAGAGGCUCCACAAAUGCGUAGAGAAGGAUUUAGAGGUGUUUCAAAUUGCUGACGGCCCUUCAGAUGAAUUCAAUCAUUUCCGGACAAAAUUAACUGGUUUAACCAGCAUAACAAAAACCUACUUCGAAAAUCUGGUGAAAGCUCUGGAGAAUGGUCUUGCUGAUGUGGAUAUACAAGCUGCUAGCAGCAAACCAGCAAACUCUAAAUCGUCUAGCAAGACAAAAGGCGGUGGAAAAGGUAAAGGAAGCUCCAAAAAUGGCGGGUCCAGCAGAAAUCCAGAUGACAAUUGAGAUCUCUCAGGUUUCAGUUGCAUCACUCAGUCUCUCCCACAAAGGUCGAGAUUACUCGGGAAGAAGAAGAAAGAAUUUUUAAGAGUUCAGCAAAUUGGAGAAAGGUUUGGGGUUUACAAUACUUUUGAGUACACUCCUGUGAGUUUGAAGGCUGUUAAGGCACAAGACUGCAUGCACAAGUGAACUAUCUCUCUCUGUCUUAAGGUUUCAUGUUAGUCUUUGGUUACCCUAAAUAUUGUAUAGUAUAAAAGAAUCUGCACAUUGUUACUUUGGCUUUUAAUUGCCUUUUGAACCAAACUCAAGUUUCUUUUCCGAAAAA